AUGAAGUUCCCUACCAAUUCAUGGGACUUUAUCCUACUGAAGUUUUUGUUAGACAAGCUUCCUCGUUCCCUUCGGGAAAAAUUCGAGUCGGCUCACCGGGCUGAGGAGAUACCGCGAUAUACACAACUCACGAAAUUUCUAGCGGAGCAUUGUCAGGUUCUCGAGGCCGUCGCGGGCCCGUCCUCCAAAACCAAGUCCACACCGGUCUCUUCGUUCGUGACUAACGCGGCCGGUUGCCCCGUUUGUAAGGAGUCUCACUACGUGUCGAAGUGCUCCCAGUUUUUAAAACUCUCGCCGAGGGAGAGGCAGGCUAAGGCUCGCGACUUGAGAUUGUGCCUCAACUGCCUGCGCUCGGGGCAUGGCAUGAAAGACUGUCCGUCCGCGUGGGCAUGUCGGUCCUGCGGCACGAAGCAUCAUACGCUUCUGCAUUACGAGCAGAGCUCUAAUACUACUCCUAAGCCCGAACCCAUUAGCGCGACUCCCGCCGAACCGGACGCCGUACCCGCUCCUCAGUCGGAGGAUGCGCCGAUUGUAAUAAUGACUAGCCGGGCCAAUAGAAUCGUCCUCCUGUCCACCGUACGAGCCGAGGCGAUAGACGCGCGUGGCAAUGCGUUCCCCGUACGCAUAUUGCUGGACAGCGCGAGUCAGGCCAACUUUAUUACCGAGGGCUGCCUCCGGAAGGGCGGCUUUCGUCGCACCAAACACAGUGCAACCGUGUUGGCGAUAAACGAAGCCAGGGCGGCCACGACGAGGGGCCUCACCUCCCUCGUGAUCCGCGCGCGCGGUCGCGACGACACUCGGUUCUCGAUAGAGGCUACGGUCCUCUCGCGCAUAACCUCGCCGCUGCCUAAUGACAAGGUGGAGGUCCAGCCGUGGAAACACUUGAAGGGAUUGCCGCUCGCGGAUCCCGAAUAUUUCGUGCCCGGCGGUGUUGACAUCCUCCUGGGGGCGGACUCGUUUGUGUCGGUGCUACGGGAGGGCCGUCGUAAAGGGGAAAGGGGAGAACCCGACGCCUUCAAUUCAGUCUUCGGAUGGGUUCUGACGGGCGCGGUAUCCCCAUCAGUCCAGGCAGCGCCCCUGAGGUCAUUCGCGACUACGCUCGAGUCGAUCGCGACAUCGGUGGGUCGCUUUUGGCAAUUGGAGGAGGUGCCGGAGGACGCUUCUUGUUCGGACGAGGAUCGACGCUGCAAGGAGAUCUUCGCCAAGACCACGUAUCGUGACCCCUCGGGUCGUUUCGUGGUCUCGUACCCGUUCGUGUCGGAUCCUCCUACAUUCGUCGGCUCGCGCUCCAUUGCGGUUAGUCGUCUCCGCGCACUAGAACGUCGAUUUAAAUCUGAUCCGGAAUUCAGAGCUGGUUACAAUAGUUUCAUGCGGGACUAUCUCGAUAGCGGACACAUGGAGGUAAUUCGCAAUCCAUUCCCGUCGGAUGGCCACACUUAUUAUCUACCGCACCACGGUGUGUAUAAACUCGAUAGCACUACCACUAAGUUGCGGGUAGUGUUCAACGCGUCCUCGCGAGGCCCGGACGGUCUGUCGAUCAACGACACCCUGCUCAGCGGUCCGAAGCUGCAGCAGGACCUGCUCGCCAUCCUGCUUCGGUUCCGCGCCGAAGCGAUCGCUCUAACCGCGGACGUGAAGCAGAUGUUUCGCCAGAUUUGGAUAAGCCCGGAGCAAUGCAACUACCAACGUAUCGUCUGGCGCUUCUCGGAGUCGGACCCCAUCCUCGACUAUCUCCUCAAAACAGUUACAUUCGGUUUUAGCGCCUCCCCGUUCUUGGCGAUCUAUUGUUUGCUCCAGUUAGCUCAUCAAUACCGCGAGAAAUAUCCUCUAGCGUUCGCAGCCCUACUCGAGGCGCUGUAUGUGGAUGACGUCGUGACAAGCGUUCGGACGGUGGAACAGGCUCGUGCACUCCGCGACCAAUUGCUAUCGCUUCUCCGAAGCGCCGGUUUCGAGCUUCGAAAGUGGUCGAGCAGCCAUCCUGCCGCGCUGGAGGGCCUCGACCCGCAGUUAUGUAGCCAAUCAAUGUUAGAUUUCGAGUCAAGCGAGGAUCAAUCUCAGAAGAUAUUGGGCCUUCGGUGGCACUCACAAUCUGACAGUUUCGGGUUUCAAGUCAACGCGUUGGGUCGUGAGUGCACCAAACGCACUAUACUGUCGGAAGUAGCGCGCAUAUUCGACACCUUGACAUUGACGACGAGUAUGCUUGGACGGAUUCCGAGGUCGCCCGGGCCUGAAUCCGCUCAGCACCACAACGGUGGAAGACCUUCGUUAGAAAUCGCGUUGCCCUCAUUCAGGACAACGUGCCAGUAUCAGCUUGGGGUCACGUCGACACGGAGUCCAAUCCGGCGGAUCACUGCUCCCGCGGGCUUUAUCCUCGCGAUCUGGUGGCCAGUUCGAUGUGGUGGGCGGGCCCUGAGUGGCUUGUUCACUUCGAACCCCGAGUUGAGCCUUCCCACGGUUCGGAAACCCCUCCGAUCGAGGAGGAGAAAAUCGUAUCGCUCGUGGCGCUCGAUCCGCCUGACGCGGUACAUUCAUUGCUCGAAAGAUUCUCUUCAAUCGAGAAAAUUGGCCGAAUUAUAG